AUGUAUGCAAAAGCCUGGGGAACCAGGAAGAGAUCUGUUACAGGGGCGGAGUCACCACAGAGAGCCUUCUCUGGAGCAAUGCUGAGCAUAAACGUUGGAGCUGCAGCAGAAAAGCCCCAACACAGUGGAGCACUGCCUAGUGGAGCAGUGGGAGUGGGACCUCCAUGGAGACCCCAGAUUUGUGGAUCUACCAGAGUGGAACACCAGCUUAGGAGAGCUGAAGUGGAGAUCCAGAACCUCCUCUUUGUGGUCUUCUCCCUCAUCUACCUCCUGACACUCAUGGGGAACACAUCCAUCAUCUGUGCUGUUGGUCAAGCUGUCCACAAGCCCACGUACAUCCUCCUGGCCAACUUCUCCUUCCUGGAGAUCUGCUACAUCAAUUCUGAUGUGCCCAAACUGUUGGCCAACCUCAUCUCCCAGGCCAAGAGCAUCUCCUAUGCUGGCUGCCUGCUCCAGUUCUACUUCUUCUUCUCCAUGUGUGCUGCUGAGUGCUUAUUUCUGUCAGUGAUGUCUUUUGAUUGAUUUCUUGCUAUUUGUAGACCUUUGCACUAUCCCACCAUAAUGACCCAUCGCCUAUGUGUUCGGUUAGUGAUCUUCUGCUGGGCAGGUGGCUUUCUGUGGUUACUUACUCCUUUGACCCUAAUAUCUCAGGUGCCCUUCUGUGGUCCAAACACUAUUGACCAUUUUCUGUGUGAUCUGGCACCUUUGCUUGCAUUGUCCUGUGCUCCAGUAUCUGGAAUUACUCUGACCUGUGGUAUCAUUAGCUCUCUCAUCAUCUUUCUUACCUUCCUGUACAUCCUUGGCACUUACUUCUGUAUUCUAAGCACAGUGUUACAGGUGCCGUUAGGACCAGGAAGGCAUAAGGCUUUCUCAACUUGUGCCUCCCACCUUGCUGUGGUGUCUCUGUUCUACAGUUCAGUCAUGGUGAUGUAUGUUAGCCCAGGUACUGGGAAGUUUCAUGGGAUGCAGAAACUUGUGACCUUGUUUUAUGCCUUGGCAACUCCGUUCUUUAAUCCCCUGAUCUACAACUUCUGGAACAAAGAUAUGAAGAAGGCUCUAAAGAAACUUCUGGAAAACUUGAAUGUGAAGUCUGGUGUAGAAGAUGAAAGAAUGCAGUGCCCUGCGCUAAAGCAUGUCACAAAUUUCUGGCUCCAAGAGCCUGGACUCACAUACAUCACCAUGACUGAGCCACAGAACAGGGACACCACCAAGAAAUGGGAGGCACACAUAGAGGAAGUUUUGUUCCUGCCUGAACCAGCUGGGACCCACAGUACAGCCCACAAAACUAAGGUGUCGGACCAAGAACUAGAGAAAGGUGAUGAAGAUGAUGAGAGGGCUUAUAGUAGCACAAGUCAGAGUAGUUUUAGAAACUGGGGCACAGGACAGUGA